GUGGCCUAGGUUUGGCUUUUUUAUUGCACUUUGGCUUGGCUAGGCAAAGUGUUUCAAGUGGGUGGAGGCUGUGGCUCUUAAGAUAUGCUCCCUCGUCAUUUUCUUGUUGCGCGACCGACGCGUUCGUCGUUGCUUGCGUUGUUUUUUUUGAGCGAGAGGAGUGUCUGCUGUUGGUUGCGUUGUUUCCUCUUUGUUUUCUUGCGCCACCGCGUCGCCCAGUUUCUCGCUCUCGGCCCUCUUCUUCAUGAGCUCCAGGAACUUUUCCUUCUCCUCUGGAGUGGAAUACUCGAGCGAGCAGUCGCCCACUCCAGGCUGCCAUUCACGCUAGGCAAGUAAAUUCAUUCAAGUGAACUUGCUAGCGUGCAUCAGAAUGCUUCGAUGUAGAAGCGAAUCCUGCUUUUCUUUUUAGUCUUCUAUAAAAUCCCAUUGUGGCUGGACCUAAAUUUCGGAAGAUUGGGAGAAGUGGGCGACGCUAGGCAUCACUCAUUUGGAGGUGGUGAGAGCUUGUGAAGGACUGGUGCUUAUAGAAUUUGGUGGGGUGCUGGUGGAGGCUGCGGAUCAACACAAAGUCAGCUUGCCUAAGAUGACAACAACGAAUGUGGAUAUCGCUGAAGUUGCUGGUGAGCUUGUAGAACAAUCCAGGAAACUAACAAACAUAAUGAGUAGCUUGCAAUCCACACUUUCCAGAAUGGAGGGAGCCAAGCAAGAUCUAGAUUUCGAUGAACAAUUUAAAGCGCUCCUUGGUAAUCCGGGUGACCCUGGCUGCGAGGAUAAAGUAAAGGCCAUGAUAGAAAAUGGCUGGGAUAUCCACAAUGUCGUUUUUGACCAUGGUGCCACCACGGCACUCCAUUGGGCAAGCGCGAGUGGGAAUCUCAGUCUGGUCAAGGCUUUACUUCCCAGAAGCAUCAGAGACAUCCUCAAAAAGGAUGGGCUUGGCAACACUGCACUUCAUGCAGCCGUUAUGAGCAACGUUGCAGGGGUUCUUGCGGUAUUGCUUGAACAAAUCAAGAAGAAGAAGCUAAAAGCUGUGGGCUUGUGCAACAACAAAGGAAAAACACUCUUGCACAUAGCGGUUACAUUCGUGGAUAGAAUAAAUGUUAUCCGUUUGCUAACUUUACUUCCGACGAGCAUUGAUGACAUCGUGAGGCCUGAUAACGAUGGGAAUACCCCACUUCAUGUAGCUGCUUUUUGUGGUUACCAUGGCACGUUCAACUAUAUGAUUGAACGGUUAGGAGCCAACUUUGAUGCCGAUCAGUAUGUCAACAACGAUGGCAACACGCCUCUUCACGUGGCUAUGACAAAAGGACGUGACAAUAUGUGUAUUUUGUUGAUAAAACUGGGUGCUAGUCUUUACAAACUCAACAAAGCUGGCCUUUCACCAUUGAUGCUGCUGGGAAAGGUGCAUCAGCCUCUCCAGGUGAGAAUCAUGAGGAAAGUCCUCAAGAGAAUACUGUCAACCGACCUAGCAGGUAUUUCUGAAGAGCUUAUGCGAUUGCUGACAGUUCCCGAGGUUGGGCAUCUCUUAGUCUUGCAUAACUGCCUUUGUAUUGGGAAACUGGACCUGGUGAAGCCUCUAUUUAGGCACUUUGACGUCGAGCAUAAUCGUCUUGCUCAGCUACUAGUUGAGAAGGACAGCAGGUUUACAGGGGAGACCUCUUUGCAUGUAGCAGCUUAUGGACAGGAUGUUGCGGUUCUGAACAUGGUGGUGGAGAAGCUGCAGGAAGGUGGGGACCCUUGGGACGUAGACUGCACUAACAACAUGGGGCAGACACCUUUGCACAUUGCAUUUGCAGGAGGCAACACUAAAAUGGUUGAGCGUUUGCUCGAGCUCAAAGCUGAUAUAAACAAGACUGACAACAUGGGCACUGGCAUGUUGCACUUUGCUUGUAGAGGUAAAGGUAGGAAGGUUGAGGUUCUUGAGCUCUUGGAGGAGAAGCUAGGGGAGAAGCUGGAAAUCAGCAAGGCAACAAAGACUGGCUUGACCCCGCUGCAUUAUGCAGCUUGGAAUGAUAAAGAGGAAGCAGGGAAAUGGUUGAUAGACAGGAAUGCCGAUUUGACUGCUGAGGAUUCUGUUGAAGGACUUAUGCCAUGGCACUGGGCUGUCAUUAGAGGAUCUGGAAGAUAUACUUGGCUUGUCAACUCUCACUUGGAAAGAAGUGUAAGAUUGUUUAAUGGGAAUGUGGACUUUGAAAGGUGGCAACAGGUGUUUCAUUCAAUUGAAGCCCAUCGCUCAAAUGAGCCAGAUUUGGUGUGUCGGAAAGUAUUAAACCAUAUUCAGGCGCAGCACAGGAAACUUGAGCCUGGAUUAUUGGCUUGCAUUGCGGCCUUAGGAGGUAACCACACAAAUGAAAUGCUUGCAUCACUUCUCAUUAAAUUCUCAUCAGACGAGCAGGCUAAGGAUUACAUUUUAAAAAUAGUCAAGGAAUCACGAAUAUUGGAAUGGGCCGCAUUCUAUGCCAAGAACACAACAAGGGGAAGAACACGAGCGAGCGAUGUAGAGCCAAUGUUCAGGGCCUUGGAGAUCUUAAGCCAGCUAGAUCGUCGUGGCAAAGAGCAGCUAAAUAGAUAUGCUUCUAGCAGCCAGUUUUUGGUGGAUGCUUUCAAGAUUGGUUUCCUUAGUGCAGAUGUAUGGAAAUCCGGAUUUGCCACGAGGCUAGCUACAGCAAGCAGUCGAUGGGGGCUUGGCGAUCUGAUCAAGUCAGUCCUGCCUCGUUGGUCUGACCAGGAAUCAAAAGAGAAUCUAAACAGGGUCCACAGAAGUAGUCAUUUGGUCCACAUGAGCAUCUCUAACUUGGUGGAGGACAUCCCUCUGGCUUACUGGUUUACAAGGCUGAAAGAGAAAAGCACAGCAGAAAGUACUGACAGUGGAAGAUCGAACCAAGAGGAGAACAAGAGCAAAGCUCUUGUAAAGAAAGUUGAAGAUCUUUUAGAAAGCAGGAAGAUUGGAGGGAUGCUGGAGUACCCAAAUGACAAGGGGGUUCACACAGGCAGGACUGCCUUGCAUUGGUCCACCAUCUUUGAGGAGACCUCUACCACCCUCUCUAUCCUCCAUACAAGGAAUUGUAGAGUUGACAUAUUUGACAACUUUGGAAAGGCACCAUAUUGGUAUGCUCCAAAAUCCUGGAAAAACAGCUUUCUGCUCAACAGCAUGAAGUGGGAACAGUACCUGGACAACUUGCACAGGGACCGGGAAGUGUUUGUAGAUGCCCUCAAUGCCAUAUUGGUGGGGGCAGCUCUGAUUGCAAGUGUGACAUACAGUGGAUCCCUCAGCCCACCUCUGCAAUACUCCCUGAAGUUCAUGAACCACGGCCAGCAGGAGGAUGACCUCAAGUAUGUGGCCAUCAACAAUCCAGGAGUGAAAGCAUUCUGGAUCUUCAACAGCCUCUCCUUCUUCUUUGCAAUGGCAAGCGCACUGGCUGGAGUUGCAGGCAUCCUCCCACUGCCCCAGGUGUUUGACUUGGGUGUCAUUGACAGGCUGAGGUGGACACUGCUCCUCGCUGCAAGCCUGCUGGUUGGCUCGAUUUGCUUUGUUCUCGUGGCGUUUGCAUGUGCAGGCUUUGCAGUCUUGCCACCUUUGUUCCGCUACAACGUUGUUAUGAUAGUCACAUCGGUGCCGGGGGGAUUGCUGUGCAUGCUGAUGACUUUGCUGUUUAUCAAGGCGCUCUCUCCGCUUCUGUCUUGGGCGUACACAUGGUAUACUGAUGCUCCUGGUCUGGAAGCCCCGAAACAGGAGGGCAGAGUGGAGGAAACUGCGGUGGAUGUUGUUGACACUGAGGACCAGAAUGCCGGCAAGAUCUUGAGGUGGGUGCUAGACCCAAGUAAACAACCGGUUUACUCUGGUGUGAUCUACCGGAGGCUUCGUGGAUACCCGUGGAUGGAUGGUUUGGAGCGGCUUGGUCAGAGUAGCUGAGUUGUCUUGUUUGCUCUCGCGGCUUCAUCCCCAUCUGCUGCUUUUGACCGCGUUUGAUCUUCACAGUACCUGAUUUGUAGCACUUGCUAGAAGCUCCUGAUUAAUCACCAGACCGUGCUCUUC